GGAAGUGCUAACACAGCUAGCAGGGACCGAGCAGCCGUCCACAGUCAAAAUUGCUGAUUUUAUCUGGCGGAUUUCACAGCAGACAGCCUGACAGUUUGGUAAAAUUGCUUUGUUUGGACUCGUUAAAGCUCACACAGGAGGCUGGGCUGCUGUCAUGUUGACCGGGCUGUUAAAUCUAGAGACUCUUCCUUCCUGCGGGCGGAUGAUGUCGGCUAGCUUCGCCUGAGCGUCUCUCUCUCCGCCACCGCUGCUGUCUCACUGUGGACUGUUGUUGGACACGUAGCUCGGGAAUUGAUGAUGCACAGUGCAGCAACGUCCCAGGACCCUUCGCAGGGCGCAGGGGAACGGGGGGAGCUGGUACACUCACUAUCCAAAGAGACUCCAGGGUCCCCAGAUGCCUCUGAGUUAGGGAGCCCACGGUCUACCCCGCACUUUGACCUCCUCAACAUGGUUGUGUCCUAUAAGAGAAUGGCAUUGUACCUAGAACCAGUUGCGGAUGCUGUGGAGCUGGUCCGCUUCCUGCUCGGAUGGAAGAUGCCCCUGUGCUCUCUGCUUGUCUAUAUAUUCCUCAAUGUCUUCUUCUGCACUGUUAAUGAAGUGGGUUGGUUCUCAGUGGGUGUGGUGGCAUUGACAGUGCCUGCUGCCCUGGGUUACCUGCAGGACAGGUGCGCGGGCAGAUCUUCCGAAGCAGAGAUCCAGAAGAGGCGCUAUCAUGCUGUGCAUCGCAAAGACCUGCAGAUGGUGCAUCUUACCAAACAGGAAGCCAUGUUGGAAGUCAAAGACCUGCUGAAGCACCUGGAUGACAUGCUGUCCUCUGCCUGUCAGUCAGCCGAAAGCCUGUACAAGGUUCUGUACUGGGACAAUCACACUAAGUCAUCAAGGUUCUAUGGAGGUGUUUUAAUAGUGUUGAGUCUGCUCUACGUCGCUCCUGUGGGCUGGGUCCUCGCCGCACUCAACAGCGCCAUUUUCCUGUGGAACAGAGAAUUCCACAGAGUUUUGUUGGACCUUAGGAAGCUGUUUCAUGUGGGUCAGGCGCAGGCCUCAGAGGCAAAUGAAGAACAGGAACAGAGCAACAUAUUGGACAGAACCCCCACACCAACUAGUCUGGAGGAUCUGUCUCCUGGCAGUGUGGAGGAAGCUGAGGAGGCAGAGCCUGAUGAUGAAUUUAAGGAUGCAAUUGAGGAGGAUGAUGAUGGGCCGCUUUUAGCUCCUGAGUAUGACACCAUCUCUGAAAAUGGUCUCCUGAGUCGCAACGAACCGAUACGCAGCAAGGUGUCCAAGCUGACAGAGAAACUGCGUAAACGCUACCCCACCACCAGCACAGGCAACUGUUCUAGCUGCAGUGCCGUCUUCUCAGUGCUGAAAAAAAGGAGGAGCUGCAGUAACUGUGGCAACAGUUUCUGUUCCCGAUGCUGCUCUUUCAAAGUGCUGAGAUCUUGCAUGGGAGCAACAGCGCCAGAGGCCCAGAGAGAGACUGUGUUUGUUUGUGCUGCCUGUAAUUCCUCUCUCAACAAAUGACAAUGAGAUGGCAUGUCAGUUUUCUCUCUCUCGGGAUUUCAUCCACCAUUUGCACCUGAGCCCUUCAACAAGUUACUGAAACCCUGCCUAAUGCCUUGAUUUUCUACUUAGGGCACUUAUAUUUGUUAAGAUACCUCCCAUAUUGAACACCAAACCCUUUCUGCCUUUUCCGGUUGCAUCCCUCCUUUGCUAUUUGUGUUGCUUCUGGGACUUCCACUGUAGUACGUUUAAGAUAUUUCACAUUUCAACUCUCAAUGAAGAACUGGACCUUAUGGAUCAAGACUUACAGAGCACAAUGGCUCUGAAUUGAAUGGACCCUUUUUUGCCCUUUGCUGAGCAGAAGAAAGUGCAGCUGUUGGGUGUAACAAAAAAGCUAACAGGAUGUCAGUGGUUUACGUGCUUCAGCUCACCACAAAGUUGAUUGGACUUGAAUGUUGAAAUUUUAAAAUGCAGCCCUGUGUAGCUGUGCAACUGUUAAGACUUUUUUGUUCGAUCAAAAACUGUAUAAAUGUGGCAUAUUUUUAAAUUGGUGAUCAAUUUUUUUGAGCCAAGGAUGGCAGUGUACUCCAAACCACUCUGAAUUUUGUGUGUUCGGAUGAACAAAUUAAUUGGCGUACAACCAGAAGCUUUGAAUUUGGUUUUGAUUGCCAUAGUGUGUGUAGGCUGGCAAGCCAAACGUUUUUCACACAGACUCGAUCCCCCAAUACACUUGUAGCUGGUCACCAUGUGAUUAGUUCUGGGUUUGUCCAAAUCUUGGAGGCCAAUGUUUCUGUUUUACUUCUUGUGUUAUUAGUUGUUCUGCUUCCACUGCAGCCUACAUGCUCCUUCUGUUGGCAUGCACAUUAUUUGACAGACCUCAAGGCUGUAAGUAUACUGGUAUUUGUCCACAGAGCCAUGCAGAAUACUCACUGUGACCCAUGAGUGAGGUUUACUAAUCUUUAAUGGUGUUCCCACUAGCAAGAGGAGCUUAGGUGGUACAAGGGGAGCAGACAUUAUAAGCUAUUAGACUAUCAUAACUCCAUGACAGUAAACUGAAAUUGCAUUGCCUGCAAUGAAUCACAUUAUUUCUAACAAGUUGCCAGUACAAUUUUUGACAAAG